UUUACCGUCGACGGGUUCGCUCAGCUCAGCACCGUUCACCGUUCAGCUCCGCUCCGUGUCGCUGGCAUUUCAGAUUUAGGCACUUGGAUCCAUCUCGAGUCACGACAUCUUUUUUGGUGAGCGGCGCAGAACCUGUUUUCCCAGCCUCGUGGAUUUUUGGGCAGCAGGUUCUCUUGAAUCCAGUGAAAAUCCCACCGCAACUUCUUUAUACAAGUCAGAGAUAAGCCAAGUCUUGCCCGCCAACGAACUAAAUGGAUGAGCAGCACCGGAACCUCAAUCAAAAUGGCAGCGAAUCCAAUGGCAAGCAGGCCAGGAUCGUCUCGGGAUUGGAUCGACCGCUGAAGACUCCUCCGCCUGGCGAACAGACAAGGGCAGUGCGGCGCCAAGUGAUCGCUGUCAUCCUGGCCAACGUGGGUGUCUUCUCAACGGGCAUGACCCUGGCCAUGCCCACCGCCACUCUGCACCAGCUGAAGGACGUCACGGAGCCAGUGCAUCUGGACGAUUCGCAGGCUUCCUGGUUCGCAUCGGUCAACGCUCUGUCCGCUCCUCUGGGCGGCUUGCUGUCCGGCUUCCUGCUGGACAGGAUCGGUAGGAAGAGGUCCCUGAUCGUGCUCAAUGUGCUCACUAUCCUUGCCUGGAUUCUGCUGGCCACACCCAGUGGGAGCGAUGGAGUAGCCUUCUUCUGGCAACUCAUUGUCGCACGAUUUAUGCUGGGAGUUGGCAUGGGACUGGCCAGUGCGCCACCAGGAGUCUAUGCAGCCGAAAUCAGUGUGCCCAAGACGAGGGGCAGUCUCAUACUGGGCACGUCCAUUUCGGUGGCCGGUGGCAUCACGAUUCUCUACGGGAUCGGCUACUGCAUCCGCGAUGACUUCCGCCUGAUUGCCCUCAUCUGCUGUGGCUACCAGCUGGUGGCCCUGCUCUGCGUGCUGCCACUUCCGGAAAGCCACUGCUGGCUUCUGUCCAAGAAGCGGGUGACGGAGGCCAAGAGAUCCCUCAACUACUUCCGUGGAUUCAACAAAUCGGAUGAAAUCACCCAUCCCCUAGUGCUCGAGGAGUUCCAGCUCCUGCAGAAAUCGCUGCAGCAGAGGAACGCCGCGGUGAAGGAGUCCUUCUGGCGGAGUCUGCGCGAACCGGAGGUCUACAAGCCACUGGUCAUCCUGAUGAGUUUGUUUGCCUUCCAGCAGCUGACAGGCAUCUUCGUGGUCAUCGUGUUCGCCGUGCAGAUUUCGCAGGAGGCGGGCAUCGAAAUCGAUCCCUUCAUGUGCGCCGUGCUCAUUGGUUUCGCCCGCUUGAUCACCACCUGCCCCAUGGGAUACAUCCUGGAGUGGUGGGGUCGCCGAAGGGCCGGGAUUAUCUCCACUUUGGGCAUGUCGGUGUGCAUGUUCCUGUUGGCGGGACACAGCCAGAACGAUUUGCUCAAGGAGGUGCCAUAUCUCCCGGUGGUGUCCAUCGUGGGCUUCAUCGUGCUGAGCACGCUGGGCCUUUACACCCUGCCCUUCUUCAUGAUCUCAGAGCUUUUUCCGCAAAAGGUCAGAGGGCCCGCCUCAGGACUCACCGUGGCCGUGGGCAUGUUCAUCUCGUUCGUGGUCCUGAAGACCUACCCCGGCAUCAAGGAAUACCUGGGAAUGUCGAGCUGCUUCAUCUUUUUCGGGGUCAUGGCUCUGUUUGCCCUGAUCUUCGUUUAUCUCGCCCUCCCGGAGACCCGUCGUCGAACGCUGCUGGAGAUCGAGGAGCAGUUCCGAUCGGGUCGCAGUCGCAAGUCCCAGAAUCAGGCGGAUGUGGAAAUGAAGGAGGUUUUUGUUCGAAAGCCGGAGGAAUAGUGUGUUUGGUUAGAUGUGGGCUUUGAAUGCGAUGAACUAGCUUAAGUAGAUCCCGUGAAGUGCUUAGUACUGUGAUAGACUAUUAGCAAACGCAACCAGACAAUAAGAGCAGUAAGAUUAAGUUCUGGAUUCUCCAUGGGUGCUAGAGUAAAACAUCUUAGGAUCGAACUAAUUUGUAAAAUUUCUUGAAUGUAAACUAGCUUUCGACGUUUUAGAUUAAAUCUUAAGUCGAUCAAUCACUGCUAUGCCUAAUUUAAGUGAAAGAAAUUAUUUAAAUAGAAUUUGGAAAAUGUUUUACCAUUAUAAAUAUACAACAUUUUUGGACACAACAUAA